UAAACCAGUAUCUGCAGUUCCUUCGUACACACAGAUUGAAGGGUCCUGACCCGGGCCGGCACCCUCACCCCGGGGUGCCCCGUCCUGACAGCAGCGGGCUGGCAGUCCCCCACCCCCUCCUCCCGGGUCAUGUGUCCCGGGCCCGCGCGUUGCCAUGGUGACGCGGCCUAUGCGGACGCCCACACUCGGCGCUGGGCCGCGGAUGUGAGCGGGGCCUGGGGCGGAGCAGAGCGGCCCCACAGCGGCAUGAUUCACAGGUACAGCCGGAGGCCCGUCUGCAACACGCUGGAAAUAGGUGGACUGCUGCAAUCUAGUGUGGCCAAUCAUCCACUACCAGACAAAGAAGCAGAGUAUUCAGCUCCCUCUCCCAUCACGAGUGUUGAGGAUUCAGAUUCCAUCUUCAGUGGUGAGUCCAAGAUUUCUGAAGAUACCAGUAGCCAUCUCUUGCUGGCUGAUAUUGGGCAUCCUUGGUCUGCAACGAACAGCUACACCGAAACCAGACUCUCCACAGCCUGCAGCUCUACCUUCUCCUGGGGAAACAAUGAGUUUGAGAAUGCAGCCUCCCAGCAGGUUCAACAAAUGUUCUUUGAGAUCGAUGAACUACUGUUUGAAGAGAAGAGAUGUUCACGUGUACAGAGGCUGGAGGAGGAAUGUCAGGAAUGGAAACACAGUUUCCCACAUUUUCGAAUUUUGGGAACGCAGAUAGCAGCUCCUGUUAAUGAAGCUUAUGCUUGGUAUCCUGGCCCAGAGGAGGUGAGAAGCCCACAGCCAAUGUCCAGUCCAGCUACUGGCACUGCCACGAAUGAACUUUGUCUUGUUGGAAAGAGUGAAACGUUCUCGGGUCUGCCUCUGUGGAAAGGGAGCAACUUCAUGCAGAAGAUUGGCAGGUUUCCCUGGGAAGAGGAAGGAGACGAGUCGGAGGACAGCGUUAUCAUUGCAGAAGGCUUUAUGGAGGAGUAUUUGGCACUUAAUUACAAUGACCAGGAGGAAGAUGGCUCUGAGACAAGGCUGGAUCUGUCCUUGCAGUACGAAGACAGAAGUGGUUUGCCUCCAAUCUCUCCAAGUCUCUGCAGAAGGAAUACUAUUGUGACAGAGCUCUUUGAUGAGGUGUGGAUAGAGGUCGUGAUGUGUAUGGAGGUGCUGAUUCGUAAGCAUUGGGAUGCACAUGUUUCAGAUGAAGACGAGAAUGUUUCUUCAGUGGAAGAUGCAGGAUUCAACUCUUUGAACUUCCUUUUACCACAUGAACCACAGGUUCAGCAGACACAUUUUGAUAUGGUACAGAUGAGGCCAAAGAGUUUACAGAUCCGAGGAUUUCCCUGUAAUCAGAGAAGCUCUCCAAUGCCUGAGAAAAUUGAGUGUUUCAGUAAUGAAUGUAUGGCCAGGGAGAUGCUGUCUGCCAUGGAUCUGUCGCGACGGGAUCCAGUUGAGAGGUCUGUCCUGAGACCCUAUUCAAGCAACAACUCUGCAAGCCGAUUUCAAUCCAGCCAUCCGGAGGAACAUGGUAUUUGUUCUGUGUUCCGCCCGGUCCAUUCUGCACAGAGACGCAAUACCCCUCGGAUACUACAUCCAAUACAUUCCAGUCCAUCACGCUCCCGAACUCCAGCUGGAUCUAUCAAUGAAUCAAUCCACGGAUUAAGGCUGCAGAGUGCACGGGAUUGCCUGUCUGCCUCCACAUGGUCUCUCAGACACAACACCUUGCUUCCACCGAUCGGCUGCUCCGAUACUCAGCACUCAACUGCAGCGUCACCUGAACCUCCGCAGAAAACCCAAAUUUAUUCAAACCAAAUUCAGAAUGCAGUUAUGGAUGAAGCAAGCCUUCCACCUCCAAAGGACAGAUUCUUGAGUAACAAAUUCUUCACCCGGCCAAAAAGCACACACACAUUUCGGCUCUAGUCUCUGCACAAACUGCCUGGUGGAACAGAAUGAAUGGAAUGGGAUGUUACAGCCACCACUCAGGUGAAGCCUCCCACCACUGCCCUGAAAGCAAGGUAGCUCCCCUCGUCCCAACAUUGGCUGCGUCAGACCCGCUUGAAGAGCAUCACUGGCAGCCACCAAAUGUACAAUGAGCUGCAUCAGGCUGCACACUCUCUCACACUCAAUCUGCCAUUCAUAUUUGACACUUUUUAAAAGCACAGAAUAUAGAAAGAGCACAGAAUAAAGUUUGAAACAUGCAGGUGAUGUUAAGAUAGAAGCUGUGAUACCAUUCAAAGAUUUAUAAUCAGUUAUACUUAGGGCCUGAAUACUUUGGUUUUAACUAAUUUCAAAGCCAUAAAUAACUGUUCCAUACCUCUGAAGGCCAAAUUGAUUUUUAUUUAAAUUCCAGUAUGUUGUGUCAAGAGUGGAGAAUUAGCAAUUGAAUUCACUUUAUUUAUGAAUGUCACAAACAGUUUGUAGGUGGGCAUGUGAAGAGAUGUGUGAACAUACUUCUGAGGUAAUGACCUGGUGGUAUUUUGUAAUAAAGUGAUAUUGGAUA